AUGGGUAAGGAGCAUGAAAGGGCCGAACAACAAUACACCCAAGAACCCUUCCUUCUGUCGAGGGACGAGCUGGUAGCCCAGCUAGGCACAAACACCGACAUAGGCUUGAGCAGCAAUCAGGUCCAGCAAAACCAGGAGAAAUAUGGCACCAACAAACUCGAGGGUGAUGGCGGGGUAUCCUGGUACGCCAUACUGGGAAAGCAAAUUUCCAAUGCCAUGAUAUUGGUCCUGGUGCUCGCAAUGGCACUAUCCUACGGCGUCGAAGAUUUCGUCGAAGGAGCCGUCAUCACCGCCGUCAUCGUUCUCAAUGUCCUCAUUGGAUUCUACCAGGAAUUUCAGGCCGAGAAAAAAAUGGACGCCUUGCGAUCGCUCUCAUCACCCUCGGCAGAUGUCGUACGGGAUGGUACCCAGAUGACUAUCCCCUCCCGAGAAGUCGUGCCCGGCGACAUUGUGUCCAUCAAGACCGGAGACACUGUCCCAGCGGAUUUGCGCUUAUUCGAGGUCAUGAGCCUGGAAUGCGACGAGGCUAUAUUGACCGGCGAAGCACUACCCGUGGCCAAGGAAGUGGAGUUCGAAGUGAAAGCCGGCACGGCUAAAGAAGAUCUUGGUCUGGGCGAUCGAUUGAACAUCGCUUACUCGUCCUCGACUGUGACAAAAGGUCGUGGCCGUGGUAUCGUCGCGUACACUGGCAUGGCGACAGCAAUCGGAGGUAUCGCCGCGUCAAUGCAAGGUAAGAAGAGGAAGGCCAAUCGCACCAUGUCACAAAAAGAUCACGGCCGAAUGCAGCCUGUGAAAGGAGCAACGCUUCGAGUAUGGGAUGUGGUAGGAAAGUUUUUGGGUCUCACCGAGGGAACUCCUUUACAGAUCAAGCUGAGCAAACUCGCAUACACACUUUUUGGCUGCGCGAUCAUUCUUGCAAUCAUCGUGUUCGGCGUCAAUCGCUUCCAUGUCACCAACGAAGUCGCCAUCUAUGCCAUUUCUACCGGCAUUGCCAUCAUUCCCGAGUCCCUGAUCGCUGUCCUGACUAUCACCAUGGUCGUCGGCAUGACGCAAAUGAGGAAGCGAAAAGUCGUGGUCCGCCAGCUGAGUGCCCUUGAAGCUCUUGGAGGCGUCACCAACAUUUGCUCCGACAAGACAGGUACUCUGACACAAGGGAAAAUGGUCACUCGCAAAGUCUGGAUUCCUGGUGUGGGCAUCUACGGCGUCGAAAACUCCAACAACGCAUCGGACCCCACCGAAGGGACGAUCACGCUUGCCAACGCUCCGAAGUCCCGCAAGGAAGUCCAGGCCGAGAGACAGGCUAGACAGGAAGCUCUUGAUCGUAAGCGAAGCGUUGCUGGCGUGGUCUUUGACGUGCCUCGAGAGACGGCGAAUGAAAAUGAAGAAAAGGCCUCACACAGGGUGAUUGACAGCGACACUAUAGCGCCAGGACUCCAAGCCUUCCUCGAAUCAGCCGCUCUCUGCAACCUUGCAACCAUCCGCAAGGUCACAGAGACAGGGCACGAAGAGUGGAAGGCCAUGGGUGACCCAACGGAAAUCGCGCUUCAAGUCUUCUGUCACCGCUUCAGUCGUGGUAAGAAGACGCUGCAAGAACAACAUGGCUGGAUGCAGAAACAGGAGUUUGCAUUCGACAGCUCCAUCAAGCGCAUGUCCGUCGUCUACAGCAAACGCGACGACCAACAAAUGAUCUUCACCAAAGGCGCGGUAGAACGUAUCAUCGAUCUCUGCACACACGUCGGCGUCGAGCAGCAUCAACAGCGAAUGACACCGGACCUUAAAGAAAGUAUCCUGGAGCAGAUGAACUUCCUCGCCGAAGAAGGUCUACGUGUCCUCGCCAUCGCUCACAAAUCCACUUCUGCAGAAAACCCACACCUCGACCGCUCUGAAGUCGAGCAAGAUCUCUGCCUUUUAGGUCUAGCCGGCCUGUACGACCCGCCGCGCCUGGAGACAAAAGCAGCAAUCCAAGCCUGCACGACGGCCGGCAUCACCGUGUCCAUGCUCACAGGCGACCACCCGUCGACCGCAACAGCCAUCGCUCAAGAAGUCGGCAUCAUCCCCAAGAACAUGGGCACUCUCGCUCCGGACGUCGCCGCCGCAAUCGUCAAAACAGCCACCGAAUUCGACAGGAUGACCGACGCCGAGAUCGACGCCCUGCCUACCCUCCCACUCGUCGUCGCGCGUUGCGCACCCGAGACCAAAGUCCGCAUGAUCGAAGCCUUACAUCGCCGCCGCAAAUUCGCAGCCAUGACGGGCGACGGCGUCAACGACUCUCCAUCCCUCAAACUCGCGGACGUGGGUAUAGCAAUGGGCCUGAACGGAAGCGAUGUCGCAAAAUCAGCAUCGGACAUUGUCCUGACGGACGACAACUUCGCCAGCAUCGUCAAUGCCAUCGAAGAAGGACGCCGCAUGUUCGACAACAUCCAGCGCUUCGUGCUGCACCUGUUGGCGUCCAACGUUGGCGAAGUCAUCCUUUUGAUCUGCGGACUAGGCUUUCAGGACUCCUCCGGAUUCUCUGUUUUUCCGCUAUCGCCUCUACAAAUCCUGUGGAUCAACAUGCUUACAUCGUCGUUCCCUGCGUUUGGCCUGGGCCGCGAGAAAGCAGCGCCGGAUGUCAUGGAGCGCCCACCUCAUGACAACAAGACUGGUGUGUUCACUUGGGAACUCAUUACUGAUAUGCUGGUAUACGGGACCAUCCAGGGGACAUGCUGUCUUAUGACGUUCAUCUUCGUCGUGUAUGGUCCCGGCCAGGAUGGGCUGGGAGUCGAUUGCAACCGCGGCUACAACGAAAGUUGUGAUGUGGUGUUUCGUGCGCGCGCCGCAGUGUUCGUCGAACUCACGUGGCUCAUUCUGAUUUCUGCGUGGGAGUUCAAAGCCAUGCGCCGGAGCAUGUUUCGGCUCAAUCCGCAUGAUACACGGGCGUUUCCGUUCUUCGCGGAUAUUUGGGACAAUCAAUUCCUCUUCUGGUCGGUGGUGCUUGGGGCGCUGUCCGUUGUUCCAGCCGUGUACAUCCCCGGGUUGAACACGGGCGUCUUCAAGCACAAGGGGAUUUCGUGGGAGUGGGCGCCCGCUAUUGUCUGCGUGUUUGUCUUUGUGUCGGGGAUUGAGGCGUGGAAGUACAUUAAGCGUGCGACCGGGUUGUUCGAGGAAGAGGAAACCGAGGGUAUGAAGGCCCGUAGACACCAGCGGUCCGCGCUGGGGUUGAGGCAGGGGUUCUUUACGUUGGCGAGGAGUUUUACCAAGACAAAGUCGGAGGAGAAGAGGGUUGGUGGCCAGGAGAAGGAGCGGUCGCAGACGGUGGUGAUGCCGAGGGUUACUGAGGAGGUUUGA